AUGGUAGCACCUUCUCAGUUCAAACAACUAGAAAAGGUUGGUAAUGGUACUUAUGCAACAGUUUACAAGGGUUUGAACAAGACUACGGGUGUCUAUGUCGCUCUAAAGGAAGUGAAGUUGGACAGCGAAGAAGGAACUCCUUCGACUGCGAUCAGAGAGAUUUCGUUGAUGAAAGAACUAAAACAUGAGAAUAUCGUGAGGCUAUUCGACGUCAUCCACACCGAGAAUAAACUAACGUUGGUAUUUGAAUUCAUGGAUAACGAUCUAAAAAAGUUUAUGGAUAACAGGAAUAAAGGAAAUGCGCAUAAAGGUCUGGAGAUGGAUCUUGUAAAGUACUUCCAAUGGCAAUUGCUGCAAGGUGUUGCAUUCUGUCAUGAAAAUCGAAUCUUACAUCGUGACUUGAAACCUCAAAACUUGUUGAUCAAUAACAGAGGCCAGUUAAAGCUUGGUGAUUUUGGUUUGGCUCGUGCAUUCGGCAUUCCAGUAAAUACAUUUAGCAGCGAAGUCGUGACGCUCUGGUACAGAGCACCCGAUGUGCUAAUGGGCUCUAGAAACUACUGUACAUCCAUCGAUAUUUGGUCUUGUGGGUGUAUUUUGGCAGAAAUGAUAAUGGGCAAACCACUGUUCCCAGGAUCCAAUGACGAGGAACAACUCAAACUCAUAUUUGAUAUUAUGGGGACACCAGUGGAACGCACAUGGCCUCAGGUUACUCAACUAGCUAAGUAUAACCCACUACUACCACCACGCGCUCCUCGUGAUCUAAAGCAAUUACUUCAAAGCAAUACCGAUGAAGUUGUCGAUGAUAAAACGGUAGAUCUAUUGAAAGGACUAUUACAGUUGAAUCCAGACGCAAGACUUUCAGCUAAAGAUGCACUCAACCACCCGUGGUUUGCUGAGUAUAACCAUGCAAACUAA